AUGACACCCUAUCAAUGUCGCAAGUGUUUCAAGUUCUUCAAGUCAUCGAAAUCCUGCUCGAAUCAUCGAAGCUUUUGCGGGAAGGACAAGAAAUUUCGAUGCGCGUUUUGCGAUUAUCGGUCUCACCAAAGAGCCAACGUCUUGAGGCAUCUGAACACACAGCAUCCGGAAACAAUUAAUUUGAAUCAGUCUGACUGCGUGGUCAAUCUGAUCGAGAAUUUUUCCGUGCCUGAGGAGAAUCACGAUAAUCCAAUGCAGACAUGGAAAAUCGAAGCGUCCGGCUUCGCCGAAUUGAAAAUCCCGAAAGCUAAUUUUUCCGGAAAGAAGCCCACUGGACAAUUUGGUUGCGUCAAGUGCGGAAGAUGUUACAUGCGAAAGGAUUCGUUGCAGCGUCACGUGCAGUGGGAAUGCGGCAAGGAACCGCAAUUUCAGUGUCCGUUUUGUCCUCAGCGUUGCAAGAGAAAGGCACACUGGCUGAGGCACAUUAGACGUCAGCAUCUGGACCAGAUCGCAGCCGAGGACCUAAGCAUCACUGGGCUCAAGUGGGCCGCAGCCUGGCAGCGUUGGAGCAGCGUACCCUCCAUCAUGUGGAGAUCAACAGCCAGUCUGAGCAAGGGUCUUACCGGCGGUACCAGCAAUCCCGAGGGAUUCAAUUGUCCGGCAUGCGGUCGCGUCUACAAGCUCAAGAGUUCCCUGAGGAAUCAUCAAAAGUGGGAAUGUGGCAAGGAGCCACAAUUCCAAUGUCCCCAUUGCGUCUACAGAGCCAAGCAGAAGAUGCACAUCGCGCGCCACAUGGAACGCAUGCACAAGGAGAAGAUCUACAAACAGGAGCUGGUCUAG